AUGGUCAGCAUACAGCAACUCGAUGAGGUACUCGAGGAGCGUUUGGAGCAUAUAUUCCAAAGUUUCAUUGCGAAAUGUUGUAAAAUGCAGAUAAUAUAUAGCCUUGUUUCUAAAACUUUCACCUUUGUAUAAAAAACAAGAAAUUCAUCCAAAUUGUUUUACAUUUAAUUAAUAGUUAUAUUUUGGCUGGCAUUUUGGUUCCCUUACUGAUAUAUGGAAACCAUUUUCAAAGACAUUUAUAGUUUGAAAAAUUCAAGACUAGCUAUUAAACGUAUAGUAACCCAUUAAGCUGCAUUGCGCGAGUUUGCCCUACUUAUUUUUUACUUGUCUAUAACGCUCUGCAGCUUAAAAUGGGUUAACCAAAACAUAUGACAAUGUCUCUACCAUUGAGCCACGAUGCACUGGCAGAGGUUAAUGCAGUCUCUGACUGCUCUCUACAAUAAAUAUUUAUAAUAAAUAUUUAUCAUUAUAUAUGUUUUAUAGGGACUGCUUCAAGUUUUAAAUGGAUUAAUAUGUCUUGAUGUCACGCUAGUGGCGGCAGUGCUGUUUGUUGUCGCCUUUUUUACUGUGCUGAUCAUUAUAGCAUGCAACAUUGUUGGCUUGGAAACUCUGGUUGCCAAUGUUUAUCGACGAUCUAGUGGUGAGGAUGUGGAGAAUGUCAUGAUGGCUGUGAAUGAUCAACGUGAAGUACGUGAACUUAAAGAACAAGUGUCGGAACUUACUACUGCAUGUGGCAAUUUACAAAGACGGCAUGUGAUUUUAGAGAAAGAAGUGAAAGAUAAGAUCUCAAUUAUUGAUCGUUUGCAAAGUAGGAUGGAUCAAAUGGAUGAGUCUCUUGCUAAACAGACAAGGAGGAUUGCCGAUUUAGAAUUCCCAAGAGGUCCACCAGCCCAUGAAAUCCAUAAUGGCAUUUUACUUUGGAAAAUUGAAGACUACGAGAAGAAACGGCAAGAUGCUAUUCAUGGAGUCAAGACGACCUUAUCUAGUCGACCCUUCUACACUGAUUUGCGUGGAUAUAAAAUGUGUGCGGUGAUAUAUUUGAAUGGGUAUGGUAGUGGAAAAGGAUCGCAUUUGUCGCUGUUUUUUGUUGUCAUUAGAGGUGAGUUGAUUACUUAUGAUUUGUGUAAUAAAUUUAUAGUGUGGGAAUUUAAAUUAUUUGGUUUACUUAUUUGGCUUUCGAUCACUCCCUGCGUCAGCAGGGCCAAAAAUUUAGCCACAAUGUUAAAUGUUACCCACUUAAGGUGGCUCCAAAUAGUUAUCACAAAAACUCUGCUCAAGAAUUGCGAACUCAAAACUGGGUGACCAUUCUUACGUGCAGGUUGCUGAAACUGAUUAACAAAAUGAAAGAACUUCUAAAGUGACCUGACAUGAACAGUUGCUCACGCCAUCUCACGUCAUUGCGCGUGUUCUAUAGUGUUUUAUGUCAAUUGCUGACGUCAUUAGAAUUUUCCAUUUUAGAAAAACAAUGCACUAUAUCUCAUUAUUUUGUCUGGUGACCUACAGUAUGUUGAAAUUUUGCAUGCUGUAUUGCACUGCUAAAUACUUUCAUUAUACAAAAAAUUCUGUAAUGCCAAAAAAAUUUUACUGUCAUAGCAACAAACUAUCUGUUACUAAAACUAAUAUAAUUUGAAAGUACAGAUAUCAAAAUAUAUAAAAAACCCAAUAUCUGCUGAAUAAAUCCCAAAAAUGCGUAGUUUACUUUGAACAUGUCAAAGUGUUGAACACCUGAAUUUUUGAAAACUGUAUCGAGCCACCUCAAGUGGCAUUUAAAUGCACCCUGAGGUGACCCACUUUAUUAUUUGACUCCGUCUAAUGCCAGAUGAUUUUACUCAUCAAGGAGAGAGCGCUGACAACCACUCAAUAAUUUGGUUAACACAUUGAGACUGCUUAGCUCUCCCCUUGAUGAGUAAAAUCAUCUGGUGUUAGGUAGAGUAAAAAAAGUAGGGUACAUGCGUGCGCAAUGCAACUUAACUGGGUUAACUUGUCAUAAGCAGAUAAUCUGAUUAACCCAUGAUUGCAUGGACUCUCCCCUAGCUUGAAUGAGUAAAAUUGUUUGGCAUUAGACAGAAGCAAUCCGAACUAAGAUUUCGUAAAACAUCCAGUUUGACUUGUAAAAAGUGAAUAAUACAUUUCUUAUUUAGUUUUUAAUUUGCAGGUAUCUUUGAAAGCAAAUAUGUUUUUAAUGAACUGAGCUUUAAAAUUAGCCAGAGUUUUAAUAGUUUCUGGUAAAUAAUUCCCUAAUUUAGGAUCGGUAGCUAGCAGAAAAGGCCCUGAGUCCUCUUUGCCCUAACAAAAGUAGCUCGCCACUUUAACAAGUUUGAGAGAGAUUACAACGAUCUGAAAAUACAAGCAGAACUUCCGGUGGUUUUAAGCUCUCACAAUCCUUAGCUUGCUUGUUAUCGCCGAUAAGUAAUAACCUACACUAGAACUGACCCCUUGUCAUUUUAACCCAUUGAGCUCCAACACCCUACUAUUGACGAGUAAAAUUGUCUUGUGUUUAACAUAGUAAAAUAAUAAAGUAGGGCACAUCAGGGGGCGCAUUGUCACUUAAAGGGUUAACCCUAUAUCAUGGCGUAAUGUUGUAUAUUUCUUCGUCUAUAAAACUUCUAGGCCCUUUGCAUAAAUGUCAGUCCAAAAUUGGGUGACUACUGAAUUGCAUGAAUAACAAUGGUUUUCAGAACAAUAGAAAGACAAUGAAACAUUCUAAUCAUUGGAUCAUGCUAUUGUUGUACUAAGGGGCCCAUUGUAGUAGUAUUACGAGCUUGUUUUAAUUUACCAUUUUAUGGCUAUUAAAAGGCGACAACGACGCUCUUCUAACCUGGCCAUUUCAGAAGAAGAUUACCAUGAUGCUGUUGGAUCAAGGAAACGGAGAUCACAUGAUUGAUGUGUUUCAUUCCGACCCUCAAAGUUCAUCUUUUCAACGUCCAGAGUUGGAUAUGAAUGUGCCGUCAGGUUUCCCAGAGUUUGUGCCUCUUGAAAGCUUGAAUAACCGUCAGUAUAUAAAGGAUGACGUAAUGUUCAUUAAGAUUAUCGUCGACUAA